CCGAGAGACCAAACGGACCCAUUGUGACGCCGUGACGUUUUCAUUUUGCGGGUUGCGGUGCGGCAUCCUAUUUACAAGCUUUCGUUUUUCUUUUUUUUUUUUUUUCUUGUUCUGGGUAUUUUACUAUUAUGGUCUGGAAUGGUUUUGAUAGACUCCCUCUUUUCUUCGGUUCUCCAUCCCUUAAUAAAAACAGUAGUAGCAGAAGAAUAGAAAAAAACGUUUUUUUCUUUCUCUUGUUUUAUUAGAUCCUAGGUUCUUCUUCUGUGUUGUCUCAGGUAUGGCUUAAACUUUAGUUUUCUGUUGGAAUUUUAGACGGUAUUGUUUCUUUUUUCUACAUGGAGGGGGGGGGGGUUCCAUGUCUGUGGAUUCUUAUUAGAGAUUAGAUAGAAAACGUGCUUUUGUGCUGAAUUAUGGUUUGUAUUUAGGUUGUUAGUUUAGGCUGUAAAUUAUGGGUUCAGAGGUCAAUUCCAUAAACGGUUUCAAGUUCCACAAUGGGUUUAGCAUGCCUUAUUCAAAUGGAUACCCUAAAUCCGAGAUUUCUAAUGGGAUUAUAUCAAAUGACCCAUCUUUAGAUUUAAGCUCUGUAGGUGCCCCAUUUUUACCUUCUCUUGGUUUGAAUAAUUCUAGCACUUAUGCUUCAUUUUUUAGCACAGACAAAGAGGGAGAUUCUUCAUCUCCUUCUGAUGACGGUGACUUCUCCGACACUGUUCUCAAAUACAUAAGCCAGGUGCUUUUGGAAGAGGACAUGGAAGAGAAGCCCUGUCUGUUCCAUGAUUCGUUGGCACUUCAAGCUGCCGAAAAAUCGCUUUAUGAAGUUCUUGGUGAGAGCUAUCCUCCUCGCAAUCGAGCCCCUCUUUGUAGUGGCCAUAGUGUUGAGAGCAGCCCUGAUGACUGUUCUUUCCGUACGUCCGGUGAUCAUAGCACUUAUGCUGGUUCUAGUUCCAAUACUAGCAAGUCUAUUGAUUCUCGGUGGAAUGGUGAUUUGGGGGAAAACAAUGACAAGCCGUCUUUAUUCGAAGCAAGUGUUCCUGAUAACUUUGUUUUUCAGUCUUCUGUGAAUUCCUUUUCACAGUCUUCAGCUCGUUUUCAAAAAGUUACUGCUAGUAAUGGGAAAGGGUUGGUGGGAUCUAAUUCGAAUGAGCUUGCUAUUCCAAAUUAUUUUAGUGAGAGUGAAUUGGCAUUGCACUUCAAGAAGGGGGUUGAGGAAGCUAGUAAGUUCCUACCCAAAGGUAAUCAGCUGACUUUCGAUUUCAAGAGCAAUGCAUGGACUGCAGAGUUGAAUCAGAAGGCUCCAGUGACGGUAGUCGAAAUGGAGAGUGACUGGAAGGAGUAUUCACCACAUCGGUUGACAGGAAAGAAGAAUCAUGAUCGAGAAGAUGAAGAUUUUGAAGAAGGGAGGAAUAACAAACAGUCUGCGGUUUCUGGGGAUGAAAGUGAGCUAUCUGACAUGUUUGAUAAGGUGCUCAUUUGUGCUGGAAGAAAUGAAAAAUCUCCUGCUUGUGGUGCUGAUGAAACUCCACGCAAUGGACCAAGCAAAUUGCAGCCAAAGGAGCAAACAAAUGGAUCCGGGAAGGCUCGUGGCAAGAAACAGGGUAAGAAGAAAGAAGUAGUGGAUUUGAGGACUCUCCUGAUUUUAUGUGCACAAGCAGUCUCAGGAGAUGAUGGUGCGACUGCUAAGGAACUGAUAAAGCAGAUUAGGCAGCAUUCUUCACCCACUGGUGAUGGCUCUCAGAGAUUAGCUCAGUGCUUUGUCGAUGCCCUUGAAGCACGCUUAGCUGGGACUGGAACUCAUAUUUAUUCCUCUCUGGCUGUGAAAAGAACUUCAGCUGCUGAUAUGUUGAAAGCUUACCAAGUUUAUUUAUCUGCCUGCCCUUUCAUGAAGAUGGCAAUAUUUUUCGCAAACAACACUAUUUUUAAGGUAGCAGAGAAAGCAACGACACUCCAUGUGAUAGACUUUGGUAUUUUUUAUGGUUUUCAGUGGCCAGCUCUAAUCCACUGCCUUGCAAACAGACCUGGUGGUCCUCCAAAAUUACGAAUUACGGGAAUAGAGUUUCCCAGGCCUGGCUUCAGGCCUGCUGAGGCUGUCCAAGAGACCGGCCAUCGCUUGGCAAGGUAUUGUGAGCGUUAUAAUGUUCCAUUUGAGUUCAAUGCUGUUGCACAGAAAUGGGAGACAAUCCAAACUGAAGACCUCAAGAUUAAUUCCAAUGAUGUUAUUGCUGUGAAUUGCCUGUUUCGAUUUAAGAACCUACUAGAUGAGACAGUAGUGUUGAACAGUCCAAGGGAUAUCGUUCUAAACUUGAUCCGGAAGAUAAAUCCUGAUAUUUUCGUUCAUAGCAUUGUUAAUGGGUCCUACAACGCCCCUUUUUUUGUGACACGGUUCCGGGAGGCACUCUUCCAUUUCUCUGCACUAUUUGACAUGUCCGAGACAAAUAUCUCUCAAGAAGAUAACUUGAGGUCCAUGCUCGAGCAAAAGUUUUACGGGCAAGAAAUAAUGAAUAUUGUAGCAUGCGAAGGCACAGAAAGAGUAGAAAGACCGGAGGCAUACAAACAAUGGCAGGUUCGUAGUGUGAGGGCUGGCUUUACACAGCUUCCAUUAGACCCUGAACUCAUGAAGAAAGUUAGAGGAAAGGUGAAGGAGUGCUACCACAGUGAUUUUAUGGUGGACGUGGAUGGGCGGUGGAUGUUGCAGGGAUGGAAGGGUCGGAUUAUCUACGCGUCUUCUGCUUGGGUACCCGCAUCUUAUCCAGUUUAAAAGGCAAGCUAUAACGAGAGCAUCGUUCAAGCGAGGUAUUGACAUCAAUCUUUAGGAUGACCUAUCAGAAAAUUUUGUUUUUACCUCAGAAUGAAGUAGCAGUGGCUUGUAUUGAUUACAUUUAAUGCUCCUUAACAUGAUGGUGUAACAUGCUACAUAGCUUUUGUAGAUUGUGCCUUCGGCUCAUUUGACCUACUCUUGUACUCUAAUCUAGUUAGUUCAGUGCCACUUCAUAGAUUAUGCAAGGACUACUGGUUUAUCCAUAAUCCAUGGCCUUGCUUCGUACA